AAUUUUUGACAUUUGAAUGCUACAGCUCUCAGUUUCAAAUUUCAACAUCAAAUACCCAUGUCUCUAAUUUCCAUUGAAGUUUCACGAUUCGAAAUUACAUAACAUUAGAAUUUCUGUUGGUUCGAAAAGAUGUCCGACGAUUCAACGAAUAAAGCUGGGCCUGGUCCAGCUACUUAUUAUCUUCCUUCGACCAUAGGCCACAACAAUCAUGACAUAUCCAAAAGCAGAAGUCCUAGUUUUUCUAUGGGUGUUCGACUCCCUGGAUUGUUUUGCGACCAAAACGUGCAAUCUCCCAGUCCUGGGCCUAAAUAUCAAGUCGAAUAUAUGACUAAAUAUGGGAAGGCCAACGUAAUACCCAGCAAUUUUAGUCUGAAAACGAAGAGACCAAGAAGUUCAGCCGGUAAAUCUAGGAGUUCGUCUACGGACAGAAAUGCACCAAGAAAUUCUAAUUCUCUACCGAGGAAUUGCACGAACUUGGAAUCACAUUCAAACAUCAGAAGUAACAAUAAUUAUGAGAAAAGGAAAAGCGUUAAAGUGGGAGAUAGUAAAAUGAUAAACCUGAGCAAUGAACUGAAGGCGUUUUGUAGGGAAUUCGGAGACUCUAAUACUGUCCCCAAAUCUAGAAUAUCGAGCGAACGAAGAAACAGCACUAUGCCGCCCAGAUAUAGGAAUGAUAUACGACAGCAGAGAUAAUGUGUAGUAUUACGAAGUGAAGAUGAAAAUUUUGACAGUAAA